AUGGCCGCACUGUUCUUCCCUGUGCAGCUGCUGGCAGUGGCUGUCACUGUUUACCUAGAGCUGGUGAGGUCUGCUCAAGGAGGUGCCUACUAUGGGAUCAAGCAGCUGCCACCUCAGGUGCCCCAGUACCAACCUCUUGGACAACAAGUACCUCACAUGCCACUGGGCAAAGAAGGCAUCCCGAUGCAGCACAUGGGCAAGGAGAUGCCCCACAUGCAGUAUGGAAAAGAAUACCCCCACCUGCCUCAGUACAUGAAGGAGGUCCCGCAGAUGCCCCUGCUCGGCAAGGAUAUGGCUCCCAAGAAAGAGAAAGAAAUGCCCAUGCGUGCUCUGAGGGGUGAGCAAGGUCCCCCCGGUGAGCCUGGACCAAGAGGACCUCCAGGGCCACCAGGAUUACCAGGUCAUGGUGUGCCAGGAGCCAAAGGAAAGCCAGGCCCACAAGGAUACCCGGGAAUUGGAAAGCCUGGUUUGCCAGGGAUGCCAGGAAAACCAGGGGUCAUGGGGCCCCCAGGGCCGAGAGGAGAGAUGGGGCCAAAGGGGGAGAUCGGGCCCAUGGGGAUACCUGGGCCACAAGGACCACCAGGGCCUCACGGGCUUCCCGGGAUAGGGAAAGCAGGUGCUCCAGGGCUGCAGGGACAGCCAGGGCCAAAGGGUGAGCCUGGGAUGAAGGGGCCACCGGGAAUCCCCGGGAUCCCGGGGCCCAAAGGGGAGAAGG